CACACAAAUGUGGUGGAAAUUACAAUAAGUAAUCGUCUACGAGUAGAAAAAUUUGGAUCACCCAUAUAAAAAUCUCAACAAUUUAUUAGUAUUUCUAAGAAUGAAAAGAUGAGUAGAUGUACAACCAUCAUCAUCAUCAUCAUCAUCAUCAUCUUCAUCUCAAUCUAAAAGCUCUGAAACAGUAGUGUUGUAGAAGAAAACUGAAAACCUUUAAAACCUUUUUUUUUCCUCUUUGAAAUGAAAUCAUAGCUGCCUGAAAAUCUAAGCUUGCGGUUGGUGCUUGCUUCUUUGAUUAUUCUUUGGCCACUUCUUCACUCUUCUUUCUCUCUGAAUCUUGCUAUGAAAAUGACAAAGUAAAGAAAGAAGGAAAAUAAGAACACUUCAAUAAAGCUUCCUUUUUCAACUGCCUCUCUCUGUUAGCCCCACCAUCGCCAUUGCUGUUUUUGUCUCUGAAAGCAUUUGUUAGAACCGCCCCCUUCGAAUCAUUGUUUCAGAUAAAGAGUGGAAUUCAAUUACCCAAGAGUUCAAUUGGGAAUUUUUUUUGUGGGUAAGUGAAGAAGACCUACGAAUUUGUCGGCAAUUUCACAUGGACCCACUUUUUUCAAUAAUGGACUAAAAAAAUCCUUCUUCUUCUCAUUCUCUCUGCUCUUCACUCUCUUUCCCAUGUGCCAGCUCUAUCGAUUCUGCUGGCGAUUAUACAUUCUUUCCUAUUCUCUCCUCUCUCUCUUUCUCUCUGUUUCAACUCUUCCAUGUGGAGAUUCCAGUGAAACAUUGCAACGAAUGUCUACUGUUUCCUGGCUUUGAUUCAAUGAAUGGGCUGUUGAGGCUAUGACCCAUUUGUGAAAUAAUACUUCUCACUUGAUUUUUCUCUUCUCUCUGUUUUCUUUUUGCUGAGGGGGUUUCAAUGGAUCCUCGUACCCGUUUGGAUCAUGCUUUGUUUCAGCUCACUCCCACUAGAACCAGGUGUGAAUUGGUUAUCUCUGCCAAUGGAGGUGUCAAAGAGAAACUGGCAUCUGGGCUUCUUCAGCCAUUUCUCUCCCACCUCAAAUGUGCUAAAGAUCAGAUUUCUAAAGGGGGUUACUCCAUUACUCUUCGCCCAGUUUCAGGAUCAAACGCUUCCUGGUUCACUAAGGGAACUCUUCAGAGAUUCGUGAGAUUUGUUAGCACGCCAGAGGUUCUUGAGAGAUUUGUUACUACAGAGAAGGAGAUUGUACAGAUCGAGAAUUCUAUAUCCACAGAUGCAGACGGAAACACGACGGCUGCUGAUUGGAACUCUAAAAGAUCUAGCCCCACCGUGAGGGUGAAGAGUGAUUCCGAUGAACAUAAUGACGAUGCUGCAUCAAAGGAGAAUCCCAAGAUCCGUCUUCAACGUGUUCUGGAGACUCGAAAGGCAGUGCUGCACAAGGAGCAAGCAAUGGCUUAUGCCCGUGCUUUAGUUGCAGGAUAUGAGCUGGAUCAUAUUGAUGAUCUUAUAUCUUUUGCUGAUGCUUUUGGAGCUUCACGUUUGAGGGAAGCAUGUAUAAACUUUGUGGACUUAUGCAAGCGAAAGAAUGAAGAUAAGCUCUGGAUAGACGAAAUAGCAGCUAUGCAGGCAUUCUCUCAGCCAGCAUUUCCUUACUCAGAAACUUCUGGUAUCAUACUAGCCGGUGAAGACAACGAAACUAACGGGAAUGCUCAAGCAUCAAGAUCUGAUUCGACUGCAAGUCAAGGAAGUUUAGAUAACAAUCAAGAUGGAAGUGUUCCGAAAUCAGGACAAAUUCCACUAUUGAAUGGGAAAGCUCAAGUGCCAAUGACAUGGCCCAAUCUUCCUCCUCAGUAUAUGCACAACUUUCAAGGUCCUUUAUAUCCUCCAUAUCAAGGAUAUCUUAUGCCUGGAAUGCAGAUGCCACCACCAUAUUACCCGGGGAGUAUGCAAUGGCAAUCAAAUGCCGAAGACUCAAGUAUUGCUUCUGAUCGAGAACCCAAUGGACGUAGGGCUUCUAAAUCUCAUAGGAACAAGAAGAAACUUUCACACAAGGAGGUUCACAGAUCUUCAGAUCAAGAAGGAACUACAGAGUCCAGUGAAUCCAGUGCAGACAGUGAAUCAGAUGAACAAUCUGAUGACGAUAAAAAGCAAUAUUCAACGGAAAAGAUACGUAAGAAAAGGCAUGGAAAGAAAUCCUCAAGAACAGUUGUUAUACGAAAUAUCAAUUACAUAACCUCAAAGAGGAAUGGUGAAAAGGGCAGCAACUCAGAGGAUGGCUCAUCGGAUGAGGGUGAAUUUAUUGAUGGGGAUUCCAUCAAACAGCAGGUAGAGGAAGCAGUUGGGACAUUGGAGAAAAGACAUAAAUCAACUGGUCGACACCAAAAGAAACAGAAUGGCUAUGGAAACUCCGAUGGCUUAAAUGAUUCUGAAGGACAGGAGACCAACCGGGUAUUGAACAAUUCGGAGGGAGAAAAGAUCAGUAGCCCAUGGGAUACUUUCCAGACUCUUCUCAUGAGAGAAAAGGAGCCGGAUAACUCUGGUGAGCUGUCCUCAGUUCAGAAUCAAGACGGCCAUUUUACACUCAAAUCUGAGGGAAGGUCACCUAUGCUAAACUUGGAAUCAGAGAAAGCACCGAGACAGCGCGAAGUUUCAGGUGAUUCUUUCCUUGUGACAGAUAGGAAUUCAGGUAAUGAAGGGAGAACACAUAUUGAAAAUUUUGAAGCUGGUGAUAUUGCCAACCCAAUUAAUAGAAGAGAAAGUACAUAUGAAGAACUAUUAUUUUCACAAAGAAGUGGAGAAUCAGGGAACAAUGUGCAUUCCAUGGUGUCCGAUUUUACCAAUGUGUCUUCCAGAAUGAAAAAUCAAAGAGAAGGUGAUUGGUUUGUCAGCAAUCCAGCUGAUAAAUCUCAAAAUCAGUAUCAAAACGUUGGUCCCAGAGUUUACGACACUGACUUCUCUUCAGCAGCUCAAGACCAUUUCUACGCAGAGAAAAACAAGAAAGAUGUUUUGGGGGAUGACUCUUUCAUGAUUCAGACUCGAUCAUUAGUAGAUGACCAAUCUGACUUUCAAUCUAGACGAGACAUAAGCAUGGUGUCGGACAUUGUUGGGGAUGCUGAAAAUGAGUAUGUCAAACAAGAAACCUCAAAAGAUGAUAAGCCUGCAAAUUUUGGUGUCAGUGAACCAGAUGACCUUUACAUGAUGCUCGAUCGAGAUAUAGCUGCAGAUCAUACGGUUGCAUCUUGGACCCCGGAAAUGGACUAUGAAAAUAAUUUUUCGACCUUGGCUAAUGGUAAGCACAAUGAUAUUGAAGCCAACGGAGGUGAUGAUAACGAGUCACCUGGUUUGGAGAAGAACAGUAAAAACAAAGAACCUGGGGGCAAAGUUCCAAGUAAAGAUGCAAAACCCAAAGCUUUGGGUGGAUCUCUUGUUAAGGGCAAAUAUGAUGUUCAAUCAAGAACAAGAAAACCACUUUCUGGAAGCAGAAGUACCGUUCCUAAGAGCAAAUAUGAGAAGGAAGAAGAAACCAGAAGGAGAAUGGAAGAAUUGGCGAUUCAACGCCAGAAAAGAAUUGCUGAAAGGAGUGCUUCUAGUAAGUUUGGUACUGCGAGUUCUAAGCCUGGUGUAUCUAAGAUUGAGAAGCCAAAAAGCCAAUCCCAGGUUCAAGAAGCCAAGAAGUCACCUAAGCCUGUACUUAGGAGUUCAACCAUAGAUCGCCUUGCAACUGCUCGUACACCUCAGAAAGUAUCUUCAACUCAAUCACCAUCAGUUCAACCAAAUAAGCCAAUCUCGAGAGCAAAUGGCAUUAGGACUCCUACCUCAGCGGAAAAGCUCCCUAAAACUGACAGUAAGAACCUUAUCUCGAACAAAGUAAAACCUUCCAAUUUAAAAAACGGGCACAAGAAAUUGAGUAAGGCACUUUCUUCUGAUUCUUAUGGCCAGACAACAACGGAUGGCAGGGAAGACGUAGCAGCAUUACGAGCUGAGUCAGAAAUACGGAAUGCAACUCAAUCAAUCGACAACAUCGAUGAUGAUAUGGAAGAUAUUAAGGAGGUACACACUACCCAUUCAGUCGAGAAAAAUGAUGAAACUUUUAUUACUCAAGGAGAUGCAUUAGUUGACAGAAGUGGUGAUGCUAAUUCAAAUGACAAGGUUUUGUCUGUCCUCAUCGAAGAUAAACUUGAACAAAAUCAGUUUAAAGUUGAUGAUGACGAUGAUAUCAAUUUAUCUAAAGCACCUUUAGUUCUUAGCGAAGAAAAAAAUAUUUCUAAUGGUCACAAUGAACUUACUCCUGGAAAGAUGGUCGAUUUUGUGGUUUUGUCCGACAAAGCCUUAGGCCCUUCAGUCUUGAAUACUGGAGAAAAUGGGGUAGCUGAUCAUAUUGUAGUCACACCCGAAAUUUCUGAGAUCGAAAUCUCAACUCCUCCUCCCUUGAGUAACGAGAUGAUCUCGGAGUAUACAACCCACUCCAGGAAGAAAUGGAUGAGUGAUGAAAACUCUCCUAAAGCACCUAAAGGAUUUAGAAAGCUGCUCUUUUUUGGACGUAAAACCUGAAACACUUCCACAGAAUGAUCCUUCAUCUCUCUAUUCUCUCGUUAAUUCAAUUCCGUGCUAGCCGAUGAUUGUCUUGAGUUGUUUGUUGAGAUUGAGUUGUUCAGUAAACCAUGUUGGAUGGACUGCUUAAAUUGUUUGAUUAUUCUGCAGAUAAUACGUGAGUGAUGACUGAGACGAAGCAAAUAGAUGAUCCUUGUUCUUAAUAAGGCCAUGGAUGAUGAUGCUGCCAUGUUUGGAUUUGUGUUGUAAUUUAAUAUUGUUUCAUUUUCUUACCCCUUUUCUAUUGGAGUUGUAAAAGGUAAAGUUUCUUCAUUUUUUUUCCUGAGAGUUAUAAAAGGCAUUGUUUCCUUAUUCAGUUUGUAUAAUGUUAUACAGUGUAAUAAUUGUAAGUUCUGUUCAUAAAUUAUGUUUGUAAUUCAAACAAAAUAAUCACUUUUGAACUGCA